AUGAUUGAUAACGAAUUAUUCAUAAGGGAUUCACCUUUCAAACAAACACAUACUGAUUCAUCAAAUAAUUUUAAUUUAUCUAACACAACUUCAGAUUUAAUUAAAUUUCAAUUACAAGAACAAUAUAGACAUUCAUUAACAAAAGUUAAUGAAAAUUUAAGUACCACUAAAGGUGAUGAUUUAAAUUAUAACAAUCAUAGAAUAUCAUUUCAACAACCUUUUCAUAAUCAUUUACAACAAAAAUUAGAUUCAAAUCAAAUUUCUUUAAAUAUACCAAGUUUAUCGUCAACUCCAACAUCAGGAUCAACAGAUGAAAGUGAUAAUGAUGAUGAAGAUGAUUGUAGUUUAGAUUCAUUUUUAUCUCAAACUAACCCCAAUGUUUAUUUAAAUUUGAAAGUACUUAUUGAAAAUUCAAUAUUUGAAUCAACUUAUGUAAAUAAAAAUUCUAUUUUAUCAUUAAAUGAAGUUAAAAUUUUAAAAAAUCAUAUUGAAGAUAAAGAAGUAAUUAUAGGUUAUUUAAAAUCGAAAAUUUUAUUAUCACAACAAUUUAUAAACAAAGUUAUAACAAAUGAUACUGAAUCAUCUACAUUAAUUAGAAUCAUUAAAACCAUUACAUCUUUACAAGAUCAAUUGAUUUUAAAUACUCAAGAUUUAGAUGAAUCACGUCAAAAAUUAAACAAUCAUAAUUUAUCAUGUUUAUUAUUAGGAUAUAUUGAAGAUAUAAAACGAAGUCGAGAAGAAGAUCAGUUUGAACAACCAACAAUUUCAAAUACAAAUUCACCAGGUAAAAUUUCAAAUUCAACAUUAACUUCUUCACCAAAAAAAUUACAAAAAUCACAAAAAUUAAUAGAUUCAAUAUUUGCUCAUAUUGCUAAUAUUGCAGCACAACGAGGGAUAAGUUUACCUUCUCCAUCUUCAUCAAAUUCUGGGGAGGGAGAAGAAGAAGAAGUUGAAAAUAAAUUAAAAUCAAUUUGGUUGCAAGAAUGUAUUGAUACAAUUUUAAUAAAUACACCUUCAACAAAAUCAUCACCAACACCUGAUACUACAACUCACAAUGAAAGUUCAUUUUCCAAAUCUACAACCACCACCACCACAGAAAAACCUCGUGAUUAUAAAACUGCAUUUAAUGAUUUAAGAUUUUCAUAUGAAUAUUUAGCAAAAGAAUAUGAACUUUCCAAACUUUCAACUUCCAAAUUAAUACAAGAAUAUAAAAAAAAAUUAGAUAAAGUAGAAAGAUUAAAAAGUAUUGAAAAUUUAAGUACUUCAACAUUAACAUCACCAACAAAAUUAUCAUUAGAAUCAAAAGAAAAAGAAAUUUUAAAACUUCGUAAAGAAUUAUUAGCUUUAAAAAUUGAUAAAAUUGGAUCGAAUACAAUUUCUUCAUCAUCAUCAUCAAAUUUAAUUUCUCCUAAUUUAGAUUCUAAUUUUUCAAAUAAUUUAUCACCAAUGAAUAGUGGUUCUAUAUUUUUAUCAACUGGUCAAUCUUCAACUACUAGAGGUAGUACAACAUCAAAUACAGGUUCUACAUUAAGUGAUGAAGAUGAUUUAAAUUCAAUACAUUCAUUUAAUAAACCUGUAUCAAAUUCUGGUGGUGGAGUAAGUAAUGCAAUGUUAAGAAAAGAAUUUAAAAAAAUUGUUAGUGAAAUGCAAGAUCAAUACGAAUUUGAAUUAACAGAAGAAAGAAUGAGGCGACAAAAAUUAGAAGAAGAAUUAGAAUCGUUAAAAGAAAAAACAAAACUUGAUUGA